AUGGAAAACGGGUCCUGUCGUGCUCUCCACCAGCAAUACCGGGAUCUCAUGCGCGAACCACGAUGCAUCGAUGCCAAUACGUUUGCUCAGUAUCACAACUAUGGAGCUCACGUAAUUAGCGUCGGCAACAAAAGCCGACUACCCAAGCAUCGACGGAGAGAACACCGAGCUUUCACAUUUCGCGAUUCAAUGACGCAAACUUCAUCGGUCAAAGGCAACGGUAUUUUGAACAUCUCGGCCGGGUCCUGCCGACACGAAAAUCCAACUGAAAGAGCGCAUUGCAGAAGCGAAUUACUUGCAAAGGAUCGCCUGCAGAAAAUUCUGCUUUUUGAUUACAGGGACCAGUCAGAAACCAACCCCGCGGGCAAAAAGCAGCAGCAUGGCGCCGGGGAUGGCAUGACUCCUGACGUACAAGAGCCCGGGCUCAAUAACCAUAAAAGCAAAGUCUGGAAGCGUCGAGGAGUGGGCGAGUUGAGUAAUAGCGCGGUCCCGGCAUCGCUGCCAAGGGUGCGGCUCAACUUGACUUUUCUUUGGGGCUUCGACGAAUAUCCCGGUAUGAGAUCCGGUAUGAGGGAUGUUUUCUCAUCCGGGAACCGUCAAAUUAACGUGGCGACCAUGUGGGCGGUCUAUUUGAAACCUGAAAGACAAUCAAAGUUCUGUCAUUGUGGCCGGUAUAUCUGCACGUCGACCAGUUGUUGUCGUCGAUUCAACGGCCUCUUCUCGCGGGAUCCCCAGAGAAGUCAAAACAUUCCCCACGGGAAAAACACCUUAGUCAAGAACACUUCUGCCCUCUGGCACUUUACCGCCGCCGGUGGGGAAGUGGUAAAGAUUUCUGCUUUGAAUCCACCCAGAGUCCCAGACCAACUCGGCCAACUUCCGCUUCUGGCGUUAGCUCCGGGACUUUUCCCCGACGUUACACGCCUUGGCCUUCUCUUUUUCCACUUCUCUGUGUGCGGGUGGACGGGGUAUGAACUCCAUGAACCAGGGGGUCAAGGUGGAAACAAGACGGAGGACUCCGCUAACGCGUAUUUGGAGCCGACGUCUGGAUCCGGGAACCAUAAGCACCAUGUCGGUCAGUACUCAGAUCCCACCACGCUGAUCUCACAUACCCCGGAUUUCCAGCAACUGAGAAUCUCACAUGUACACGCAGUCGAAGAAGCAACACAGAUCGAACAUGCCAGACGAGGCUUCCCUGGGUUCAGACAGGUCAAUGAUGAACUCAAGGAGCUAGCAAUAACAUUGACACGAGGGACGACCCAAGAACCUAGCCCAUGGGGCCCAUCUCGUUCGACUCUGCGGGACGGUCUACACAGAGUCGCAUCAAAACUUGACACAUCCUGUCCCCAUCUGGCAAAAGUUGCCCCAUCGCCAAAGGACGUCUCCCUGGUCAACCACCCCCCAGGAAGGCAGUCCUUAGCGUCGGUGCUCCCAAGAAUAAGUACAGACGAUGGCCCGGCCUGUUGGGCCAAUUCUUUUGCUCGUCAAUCGCCUUUUGCAAUCAUGGCCGUCCAAGCAGCCACCGCCGCCGAGGCGCGCACGCAGCUUGCCUACCAGAACAGAUGGAUUUCGCUGGCAAACAACCCCAAGAUUCUCGUCAUUGCCCUCUUUGCAUCCUUUGGAGGUUUUGAGUAUGGAUACCAGCAGGGUGUCCUCGGACAAUCCCUCGUCAUGACGCGCUUCAAGGACAACUUCCCUUCCGUCGUCAACUCGUCCAGCGCGACGGGCUGGUUGACGUCCAUCCUCCAGCUCGGCGGUAUACUGGGCUCCGUCAGCGCCGGUGUCUUUGGCGAGGUCUUCUCCCGCAAGUACACCAUGUUCUCCGCCUGUCUCUGGGUCGUCCUGGGCAGUUACCUCUACACUGGCGCAAGCUACCACAAGCCUGAGCUCCUCUACGCCGGCCGUUUCUUCACCGGUCUUGGUGUCGGAACCUUUAGUGGUGUCGGCCCUCUGUACAACGCCGAGCUCGCCGCCCCCGAAAUGAGAGGUUUCAUCGUCUCCUUCUACCAAUUCGCCACCAUUCUCGGAAUCAUGCUCUCCUUCUGGAUCGGAUACGGCAGCAACUACAUCGGCGGCAUCGGCGAGGGCCAGUCCGACCUCGCAUGGAGACUCCCCUCCUACAUCCAGGGUGUCCCCGCCGCCCUUCUCGCCCUCGGAAUCUGGUGGCUGCCCUUCUCCCCUCGCUGGCUCGUGAAGCAGGGCCGCGACGAAGAGGCCGUCAAGACCAUUGCGUACCUCCGCAAGCUCCCCGAGGAUAGCGAGCUUGUCCAGGUUGAGUUCAAGGAGAUCAAGGCCGAGGCCCUCUUCGAGCAGCGCUCGUUCCAGAAGGCGUUCCCUCAGUUGGCCGAAAAGGAGAAGACGAGCGUUUGGAUGCGCGAGGUUGCGCAGUACUGGCGUAUUCUCCGCUCCUGGGACCAUUUCAAGCGUGUUGCGUAUGCUUGGCUGGUCAUGUUCUGGCAACAGUGGUCCGGUAUCGACGCCAUCAUCUACUACGCCAGCAACGUCUUCCAGAGCCUCGGUCUCACCGGCGGCACGACUGCUCUCUUGGCCACUGGCGUCACCGGUGUCGUCUUCUUCAUCAGCACCCUUCCCGCCAUGGCCAUCAUCGACAAGGUCGGCAGAAAGCCCAUUCUGAUUGUUGGCUCCAUUGUCAUGUUGAUCUCCAUGGUCAUUCCCGGUAUCAUUGUCGCCAAGUUCAGCCACGACUGGCCGGGCCAUCCUGUUGAGGGAUGGGUUGCCGUCGCCUUCAUCUGGAUUUACAUUGCCGGUUUCGGAGCUUCGUGGGGCCCCGUUUCAUGGACCCUUGUUUCCGAGAUCUUCCCCCUCUCCAUCCGCGCUAAGGGUGCUUCCAUCGGCGCAUCAAGCAACUGGCUCAACAACUUCGCCGUCGCCUUCUACGUUCCCUCCAUGCUCGAGAGCUGGAAAUGGGGAACCUACAUCUUCUUCGCCGUCUUCCUCGGCGCCAGCAUCAUCUGGGUGCACUUCGCCUUGCCCGAGACCAAGGGCGCCACCCUUGAGGAGAUGGACCGUGUCUUUGGCAGCAACGCGGGUGCCGAGGACAGCGUUUUGCUCGAGCAGGCUAGACGGGAUGUCGGCCUGACUGAGGACCUGGAGGACAGCGCUAUCCACGCUGAGAAGAAGGGGCUUCACGAGUCUCACCACGAAACUGUGCUCGCUGAAGAGCUUGAUACCCACACUCCUAUUUGGAUAUACACAAAUUACAUCACCUAG